CUUGGGGCUUUGAGUUAAUGGRGGUCUGUUCAGUUUUUACCUCUUUGGGGUAAGAAAAAAACAAAAUGGAAACAGAGAUAGCUGCCGAUGCCGAAUCUAUUGGAAUCGAGACACUCGUCAAAGUCUCUGAAGAAGCUCUUGUUCAACCAACUGAAGGAGCAAGUCCAGGGAGUUCGAAUUCUAUCAAACGUAAACGAAGAGAGUUGAGUCUUGGAGAAAAAGUCCAACUGAUUCAAGAGAGCAGCAACAGUGGCAAAAGUCAUCGCUAUUUAGCUGGUGUAUUUAAUAUCGGCAAAACAACCGUCCAUGAUAUCUUAAAGAACAAAGAUCGGAUCCUCAAUGCGUUUAAAAAUGGCGACGAAAGUCGCGCUCGUAAGAGGAUUCGGCUUCGAUAUGGGAACGACGACAUCAACAAACUCACGUGGCAUUGGUACGAACACAAAAGAUCACAGAACCUCCAAGUCACUGGGCCAAAUUUACAAGCAAAAGCCAGGGAAUUUGCCGAAGAGUUCGACGCCAAAGACUUUCGUGCAUCGAAUGGAUGGCUUGAAAGCUUUAAAAAGCGAUAUGAUAUCCACUUUGGAGUGCGGGAAACUUUUGGAUUGAAUGAUGACAAAUCGUGGCCGGAAACAAUACAACAGCUAACAGAUGGCUACCGACCGAAUGAUGUUUAUACUAUACAAGAAAUCGGGCUGUUAUUCCGAACCCCUCCGGAUAAAACCCUCGAUCUAAGGGACACCAUUGAAAGUUCAAGUGAGAGAUGUACUAUUUUGCUCUGUUGCAAUAUGAACGGGGAAUUUGAAACUCCUGUUGUUGUUGGGAAGUGUGCGAAAAGUGCAAGCUUAGAUAAUGGUCCAGUAACGUGGAGAUCAAACAGAAGGGCUUGGAUGACAAGUAUUAUAUUUGAAAAAUGGCUGCAUGAUUUCGAUAACAAGCUUAGAAACGAAGAUAGACAUGUAAUUCUCUUUGCAGGGAUUUCUACAGCACACCCUCCCCAUCCUCAGCUAUUUAAUAUAAAACUAGUAUUUUUCCCAAUCAAACCACAGCCCAACCUUCCAGACGUCCAUCCUCUUAAGCUUGGGAUAACGGAUUCAUUUAGGUACAAUUACAGAAAAAAUGUAUUGUUGAGUAUGAUGAACAAGGAAUGCAAUCAGGUGCAACAUGCGAGAGAGUUAUUCCAGCACAUUGACGAGGUACAAGCUUGCAAGUGGAUUGCUUCUGCUGUGCAUGAAAUACCCUCCAACAAAGUGAAAAAGGCCUUUGAAGCUGCUGGAUUCCACAGCUCACCAGCAUCAGAUUCACUUUCAUCUUAUUCCAUGGCAUUUACUGCUUUAAAUGGUGAUGAACCUGGUCAGAACRCUAGUGGUGACCUAUAUACUGUAUACCUGCAUGACAGCUUGCCAAAUAAUGUGGCGGAUGUCAGUAACGCUGUAGAUGAAACAGAAAUUCAACUCCUUUUGAGUACAUUUCUUGCUAAAUUCCAGAUCGAACACCCUAUGACAUCCAAAGCGUAUGUGAGCUUUGACGCAAGUCUCCAAACAUCAGAUGAUUUGUCAGAAGGGUGGGAAGAGAGGUUGGUUGAGGACUUCAGUGAUAAUCAUGAUACACUACCUGUAAUUGAAGAGAGCAGCAAGAGUCCAGUACAAACACAAACAGUUACUGUUGAGGAACCUACUCCAUGUAAGAAAUCGAGUCCAAGAAAACUUGUGAAUACUUACCUYGAAGCUGCGCAGUUGAAUAGACAUUUAAUUUCUUUCGCAAAAGACAAGCAGGAUAACGAGCUCCUUGAUCUGCUACAAAAUGUUGAGACCAGCAUAUUCUCCAAAAGACUUGUUGGUAACUAUCAAGAUGCAAUUCUGAUUAACAGGCAUCUCAUUUCCUUUGCACAAGAAGAAAAAAAUAAAGAACUUCUUAACCAACUGYGCUGUGUGGAGAAAAAACUAAAACUUGGGGAAACACAGAAGAAAGAGUCAAACUCUAACACAUCUCUCAGCAGUUGAAAGAAUAAUCUUUAGGUAGAUAUUAUUGAUAGUGCUUUUCUGUCUAGAAUACAUCUACAUAAAGGUAAAUAAUACACUUUUAGGAAUGGACCAUUGGGAGGGAAGGGUUGUGUAAGUCCCCCAAAAAAUAUCAAGCAAACAUUUCUCCUACAAAAAAAUAUCUUGCAACCUCUCCUUUCAGAAAAGACAUAUCUAGUCAACAAAACAAAUUAUGUGCAUGCCGAGGUUGUUACCAAAAUAUAAAUAUAGUGCAACAUUAUUUCCCACAUYCCCCCUCUCCUGAAUAACCUAAUUGUCCAUCCCUUAGGGACGGACCGUUAGAUUUUUGAGGGGGGGUUUAUUUUGUGCAGGAAUUUUUUUUUACUCCUCAUGGCUUUUCAGGAAUUUUUUUUGGACAUAAAUUGGAAUUUUUUUCUGGCAUUUUUCUUAUGCAUGAUUUUUUUUUCACUCUUUAAAGCUGUGCUUGAAUGUGCUUGACCAACACUACCCAAGACCUCGGGGUAUUUGCAAAACAUCUUUCAAUCAAAUUCCCAAUGGAAUUAUCUUUCACUUGAUAGAAGUCAAAAACCAUAACAUCUUGGGCUGUGUUGGUGGAAUAUAUGAAUAUGGUGUAAUCCAUGAGUAGAAGUAGAGCACAUCCUUUCUUCRUUGUUGUUGUUCCUUUGUUCACACUAACAAAAACAGUGGGGGAAAACAUUACAGUUAGUGAAUGCUAAACUUUGUUUAAAGGGGGACUAGCACGAAAAUUUUCAGUUUCAGCUGAAUUAAAAUUCRGACAAUCUACGUGCUAGUCCCCCUUUAACAGGUGAAAUAAAUCACUCUGUAAAAAAACAACUGUUAUUACAAUUWUAUUGUCAUAUAGUAUUUUAGAAAAAUAAUUUGAACAGUGUAAGCUUUAAGAUGGCAUUCUUGCUCUAAAGAAAAAAGGCUCUAUAUUGUAGUUUUAAACAUUAAUGAUAAUUGUUUUAUAGACUGAUGAUAAUUAUUGGUAUUUUUUAUUUUUUAUACUGAUAAAACAUAACAAAAAAUGAGUAGGAUUUCAUUAUAUCAAAUACUUGUGUGAUGAUAAAAGUAUAUAUAUAUAUGAUUAUCAUAAAUAUUAAUAUUCAAAUAUAUAGAGGAUAUUACAUGGACGCACGGAGAUACGAGAUUUAUCUUUGAGUGUUGAAAAGAUCUCUCAUGAGUGAGUGCAGCGAACAAGUGAGAGAUUUUCAACACGAGAAGAUAAAUUUCGUAUCUCCAAGUGUCCAUGUAAUAUUCUGUUUGUUAUAUAAUUAUCCAUAAAAUCAACUUAAUAAGCUUUUUGUUAUUUUAAAAAGUUUUUAGUUAUUUUCACAUGUGAAAAUAUCAGUUUUUCGAAAARGRRSMAAURUAGGUAUUUUAUGGAUAAUUAUAUGAUAAAUAUGAAUAUCAUUAUGAUCUAAGAAGAAUAUUAACAGGCCAUGUGUGUUACAGUGUCAUUUAUACCAUACCCAGACUCUCCCAUGCAUGAUUUCAUUCAUCCCAACUGUCUUGCUAUUCCCAUUGGGGAAAAAAAUUAAUGAAGCAUUUUGGUAGUGGAAGGAAAGUGAUGCCAUUAUGAAAGAAAUGACCAAUAAAAUUGCACAACUUGUGACCUUCAAGUGAAUAAGCCUGAAGCGAGAUGAYGUUUUACCCCUGACUCUAUACCAUGAUAGUUUUUAAAAUUCUUUCAUAUUAAAAUUUUUGAUUCCUUA